CGUAUUAAUAUUAUAAUUAUUGUACAUUUUACUACUUUAGUCAUUUUGUCGACUUGUCACUCGUUUUACGUUAGUAUUAGACAUUAGUCAUUUCUGUAGUCCUAUUCUAUUCGUUCAUCGUUCAUCAUUAGUCAGUAUUCACUAUUCGCUAAAAGCUUAGACUUUCAUUACGAGUUCAGCAUUUUCAUUUAUUUCUUGACGAACAACUCCGGAUUUAAUUUAAAUUAUUAAUUCCAACAAUCUAUAAAUAUGAGCUAUCCUGGAUAUCCUCCCAACAAUCAGGGAUUCCCUGGUCAACCUGGAGUGCAACAACCUGGCUCCCAGUUACCUUAUCCACCAUAUCCCGGAGGUAAUGUAGGACAACAAGGGUUUCCAAUGCCAAGUGCUUAUCCACCAGGCCAACCUAGCUAUCCCCAGCAAAGCCCAUACCCUCCCCAAGUUGGUCAAUAUCCACCACAACCAUCCGGACAGUUCCUACCUCAAUCUGGUCCUUAUACUUCAAAUUUACCAAUGUAUCCAUCAUCAGCUGUAGGAGGUCAAUAUCCAUCCACUGUACCAGGGCAAUAUCCAUCAUCCACUAAUCCUGGCCAAUAUCCACCACAGGCCUCUCCAUAUCCAAAUGCUCAGUUAACUUCUAGUUAUGUACCUCAGUCUGCUGCCUACCCAACUCAAUCAGCUUAUCCACCCACUCAACAAACAUCUUCAGUUUAUCCGAAUAUGACAGCUGGUGGUUAUGAUGGUGGUUCUCAAGGUCUACCACAAGCAGCAUAUCCACCUAUUAGCACUCCUGCUCAUUAUCAACCAUUAAGCAGCUCACCUGCUCAAAAAAAGUCUAAUCCAACGCUUCGUCCAGCCAAUCCAUUUGAUCCACGUCGUGAUGCUGAAAUAUUGCGUAAAGCUAUGAAAGGGUUUGGAACUGAUGAAAAAUCAAUCAUACAAGUCUUGGCUCAUAGAGUUAAUACUCAAAGACAGGAAAUCGCAGUUCAAUUCAAGACGAUGUAUGGUAAAGAUUUGAUAUCCGAUUUGAAGAGUGAAGUGAGUGGAAAGUUUAAAGAUCUGAUUGUAGGACUCAUGACACCAACUUUUGAUUUUCUUGCUAAAGAAAUUCAUAAUGCUAUUGAUGGUAUUGGCACUAAUGAAGAAACAAUAAUUGAAAUCAUAUGUACUGCUUCAAAUGCUGAAAUUAAUAAUAUAAAAAUGGCAUACCAUAAAUUGUUUGGAAAAGAUUUAGAAAAAGAGCUCAUGGGAGAAACAUCAGGAAGUUUCCGGAGAUUAUUAGUGUCACUUUGUCAGGGACAACGCAAUGAAAAUACAUUUGUUGAUGUUGCAUCUGCACAAGCUGAUGCACAAAAAUUGUUACAAGCUGGUGAACUACAAUUUGGAACUGAUGAGUCUACAUUUAACAUGAUCUUAUGUAGCCGUAGCUUCUGUCAAUUACAACAAAUAUUUUUGGAAUAUCAUCGUCUAACUGGAAGAGACUUUGAAGAUGUUAUCAAAAGUGAAUUCAGUGGAGAUAUUGAGAAUGGACUUAAAGCGAUUGUGAAAUCUGUAAGAGAUAAAAGUGCAUACUUUGCUAAACGUUUACACGAAAGCAUGGCUGGUUUUGGCACAAAUGACAGUGCAUUGAUUCGUAUUGUUGCAACUCGUUGUGAAAUUGACAUGGUUGACAUAAAAAAUGCUUAUAUGUCGAUGUAUGGGAAAUCUUUGGAGACUGAUGUUGCGUCUGAUACGUUUAUGGACGAUACAUCAGGCGACUACAAAAAAUGUCUGAUUGCUUUAAUUGUUGGCUAAAAAUAAUAGUAUACAUAUAAUCUUAUUAUACAGUAUUUUAUUUAUACAAUCAUCAAUACAUUUUACAGCUUU